UCAUCUGAUUCUCCCAUAUCACCCUCUCAAGUAGCUGGUGUUACAGGCCUGAGCCACCACACCCACUACCUUAAUUCUUAAUAAACAUUAAUACAAGCAAAUGUAUGUAUUAAGCAGAGAUUUAUUUGUUAAGUGUGUAUGCAAAGUAUAUUUUACUAGUCCAAAAGACAGAUUCAGAAUUUCUUCUUGUCCUGUCCCUUAACUCUACACUGUAACCUUCUAACUAAUCUUAGUCCUAUGCCCUACCAUAGGUAUAUAACUAGCAACCUGUGGUAUAUACUUACCAUUGGUAUAUACCCACCAUAGGUAUCAUAGCUACCAAGUUAUAUGUGGUUUCCUAAACUUGCCAUUUCUCAUGAAUCCAUGCCUUUUCCAAUUGUGUUUUCUUUAUUCCUAAAGUUAGUUUGACCACCUAAUAAAAUCUAACAUGACAAUAUGAAAUGCAAAUAAUUACCCUCAUUUGUGGCCAUCUCAUGUUGUGUACUUGUUUCUGUCGUGGCAUCUGCUUCACAUACUGUAAUUUAGCAUUUUCACCUUUGUCUCCCUGGCAAAAUAUAAGCUCCUCGUUAACAGGAAUAGAGUCCUGUGUCACUUAGUGAUGGGGAUAUGUUCUGAGAAACGUGUCAGUAGGUGACUUCGUCAUGCAAACAUCAUAGAGUGUCCUUACACAAGCCUAGAUAGUACAGCUGACUGCACACCUAGGCUAUGUGGUGUCGCCCAUUGCUCCUAGGCUACAAACCUCUAUAGUAUGUUACUGUACUGAACACUGUAGGCAAUUUGUAACACAAUGGUAAGAAUUUGUGUAUCUAAACAUAGAAAACAGACAAUAAAAAUACUAUAUUUUCUUAUAGGAUCGUCAUCAUAUAUGGAAUCCAUCAUUAACUGAAAUGUCAUUAUGCGGCACAUGACACUCAUUUUUUUCUUCAUCUUUGUAUCUUCAGCAGAGUUCCAGGCAUGGAGUGGGAGCUCAGUAAAUAUGUACUGAACAAAUAUUCCUUCUAUGAAUAAAGCAGGAUACAGCAUGGCACAUAUCCUAACUCUCCAGAGUGAACUUUGCAAGACCCGUGACAUUAAAGGAUGUUAUUGUGGAAUUCACCAAGGAGGAAUGGAAGUUACUGACCCCUGCUCAGAGGACUCUGUAUAAGGAUGUGAUGCUGGAAAACUAUAGUCACCUGGUCUCAGUGGGUUACCAUGUGAAUAAGCCAAAUGCAGUCUUCAAGUUGAAGCAAGGAAGAGAGCCGUGGAUAUUAGAAGUAGAAUAUCCACAUCGGGGUUUCCCUGAAGACCUAUGGAGUAUUCAUGAUCUAGAAGCAAGAUACCGGGAAAGCCAAGCUGGAAAUUCAAGGAAUGGAGAACUCACAAAACAUCAGAAAACUCGUACCACAGAGAAAGCCUAUGAAUGUAAGGAAUGUGGGAAGUUCUUCUGCCAGAAGUCUGCCCUCAUAGUACAUCAGCAUACUCACUCAAAGGGCAAAUCCUAUGAUUGUGAUAAAUGUGGGAACUCUUUCUCCAAAAAUGAAGACCUCACAAGACAUCAGAAAAUUCACACAAGAGAUAAAACCUAUGAGUGUAAAGAAUGUAAGAAAAUAUUUUACCACCUAUCAUCUCUCAGUAGACAUCUGAGAACCCAUGCAGGAGAGAAACCCUACGAAUGUAAUCAGUGUGAGAAAUCCUUCUACCAGAAACCACAUCUCAUAGAACAUCAGAAAACACACACAGGGGAGAAACCUUUUGAAUGUACUGAAUGUGGGAAGUUCUUCUAUGUGAAGGCAUACCUCAUGGUACAUCAGAAAACACACACAGGGGAGAAACCCUAUGAGUGUAAGGAGUGUGGGAAAGCCUUUUCCCAGAAGUCACACCUCACAGUACAUCAGAGAACACACACAGGGGAGAAACCCUAUAAAUGUAAGGAAUGUGGGAAAUUCUUCUCUAGGAAUUCACACCUCAAAACUCAUCAGAGAACUCACACAGGAGAGAAACCCUAUGAAUGUAAGGAAUGUAGGAAAUGCUUCUACCAGAAGUCAGCCCUCACAGUACAUCAGCGAACUCACACAGGGGAGAAACCCUUUGAAUGUAAUAAAUGUGGGAAAACCUUUUACUAUAAAUCAGACCUCACUAAACAUCAGAGAAAACACACAGGGGAGAAGCCCUAUGAAUGCACAGAAUGUGGCAAAUCUUUCUCUGUGAAUUCGGUCCUCAGAUUACAUCAAAGGACUCACACAGGAGAGAAGCCCUAUACAUGCAAGGAAUGUGGGAAGUCCUUUUCUCAGAAGUCACAUUUUAUUAUACAUCAGAGAAAACACACAGGGGAGAAGCCCUAUGAGUGUCAGGAGUGUGGGGAAACCUUUAUCCAGAAGUCACAACUCACUGCACAUCAGAAGACACACACAAAGAAGAGGAAGGCUGAGAAGUAAGAUGAGUUGGGAAAUUCUCUUGACUGAAUUCAUCCUUCAGAACAAUCAGAUAAUUCACACAAGAGGUACACCUUAUGAAUCACAUCAAUAUAGGGAAAUUUUCAGCUACAAUCUUUGCUCUUUCUGUGUAUCAGCAAAUACAUAGAUUCUGUACAUUUAUUUGGGAGAAAAUUUUAUCAUAUUGUAGACUUUUCUAAAUAUUAGAUAAUAUAAAUGACAGAAGUCAUGCAAAUUGUAAAACAGGGAAACCUUUCAGAAGUCAUACUUUCGUUUUGCAACAUAGAAAUCACACAGGAGAGAAAUCCUGUGAGUAAAAUGAAUGUCAAGACAUUUUCUGUCAGGGCAGCCAGCUGUAGACAUCCAAAAGCUCAUAAGUGAGAAGCUCCUUGAGUAUCCAGAAAUCUCUUUACACAAUUGGAGCUCAUAUACUAGAGAAUUCAAAGGGAGAACUGCAAAGACGGUGGCAGAUACAGAAGCCUUUAUUAAGAAUUGAUGUUUCAUUCAAUGUCAGAUCACUGGUACUUGGAUAGAUAUUUUAAAUAUUUGGAAGGUGUUCAACAAAAAUUCAAAUAAUUUGUACUGAGGGAAACAGUUAUACUAGAAAUCGUGUUGCAGAUCUGAUGCCAAGAUUGCUCUGUUUUAAAAGGAAACCUGCAAAUGUCUACAUAUAUGAAGCUUUUAAAAAGCACAAAUUAUCAGGCAACAUCAUUAAACAUACAUUAAAUGUCUUUUGGUAUAUAGGACUGUGUAUAUGUGAGUGUGCUAUAACAUGUAACUUGUGGAUGUUCAAUGUGCAUGUGGAAUCCAUCCAUAAUUGUACAUAGGGAAAUACGUAACCUUCGUUCGUUCAGUAACUAUUAUGCCUAUGAAGAUAUCGCACAUUAAGUCUCAGUAGUGACUCUUGUUGUUAAUAUUUGUAUUGUAAGUGUAGUAUUUCUUUUAAACUAUAAGGCAUCUUUUUAUCCUAUUUGUGUGUGUGUGUGUGUGUGUUUGCAAAUGGAUGUAGACAGUGGCACUAAACUAAUCCUUCAAAAAGAAGUUAAAAUGUUUUUGUAAAAUUUUCAAAUGUCAGCCAAGUUUUGCAUUAGGGACACCUUUAUAUAUAGCAAAAGCCUGAGCUGUUUUUAAACAGCUAAAAACAGUAAUAUUUAUUACAAUCUAUACAAUGAAAACAAAUAGUGCAAUGUAAGAAAUAUUGUGUAUCUUACUGUUGAUGUAUGAGCAGGGAGCAGAGAUACCUGCAUUUGUAUUUUUCUGAGAGUCCUAAGUGUUCUUCACCAACUUUUUCUUCCUCAUAGAAGCAACAUGACAUAGUUAAAGGUGUGGACUCUGGAAUCCUGCCACCUGGGCCCCAAUUCCAGCCUGGGGCAUGCUACUUAAUAUCUCUGUGCCUCAAUUCCCUUCCCAUAAAAGAGUAGUGAUAGUGACAACAUCUUAGGAUUGUUUUGAGGUCUAAAUGAGUUGAAAUUUUCAAAGCACUUAGAAUAGUGUCUGAGACACAAGAGCUGUAUGUUAGAGGUUAUCAUCAUUAUUAUUUGUAUUUUGUGAAUUACGCUGCAAAAAAAAAAAAAAAAGUUGGCUACCCAACAUUCAUUCCCCACCUUCUUGCUGCCAGUGCCUUGAUUUGGUUGGUUGUUGUUUGUUUUCCUAGAAGUGAUUUAGGAGCAGAUCCUGACUACACUAAGUCAGGGUUUGACAAAUGACGGUCCACCAGACAAAUCUGGCCCACUACCCAUUUUUGUAUCCUGCAAGCUAAGAAUGGUUUUAUAUUUCUAAAUGGUUAAAAAAAGAAUACUGUGACACAUGAAAAUUAUGUAAUAUUCAAAUUUCAGUGUCCAUAAAUAAAGUUUAGAAAACAUGAAUACAAACAAAAACAUCUGUUUAUGUUUGACCUGUGGCUGUCUUUGCACUACCCCUGCAGGGUUGAGUAGCUGUGGCAGACACCUUAUGCCCUUGAGCCUAUGAUCUAGCACUUUACAAAGUAAGUUUUUCUGUUACUUAGCGCUGAAAAUAAAAGUAAUGUAGAGUUAUGCUUUUAUAAAUAUUACAUGUUUCAGAAAUGAUGCAUACAGCAAUUUGUAGGUGGGUGGUUUUUUUGCAGUAUGUUUAUUUUGUGCAUUAUAUUUAUAUGUUAAGAGCCUGAGCUUAGAAAUAUUUUUUCAAAGAAAUGUGUUUUUUACUUGCUGAAUUGUCAUAACAUCAAAACAAGAAAUUUCUUGAUGGAAUGUAGCAGUAAAAUAUGAAAUAAACAUUGUCUAAAUUAAA